AUGGUCGGCAAGGACUGUGUCGCAAUCGCUUGCGAUCUCCGCCUCGGCAUGCAGGCUCUCACCGUCUCCAACAACUUCCCCAAGAUCUUCCAGUACGGCGACCACGUCUUCCUGGGCCUGACGGGCCUCGCCACCGAUGUUAGCACCGUCUCCGACCUCUUCCGCUACAAAGUCAACCUGUACCGCCUGCGCGAAGAGCGCCACAUUGCGCCCAAGACGUUUGCCAACCUCGUCUCGUCGUCGCUGUACGAGAAGCGCUUCGGCCCCUACUUUGUCAGCCCCGUCGUUGCCGGCCUCGAGCCCAAGACGGGCCAGCCGUUUAUCUGCGGCUUCGACAGCAUCGGCUGCAUUGAUUUUGCCAAGGACUUUAUCGUGUCGGGUACGGCGAGUGAGCAGCUGUUUGGCACAUGCGAGAGCCUGUGGGAGCCCAACUUGGGGCCGGAGGACCUGUUUGAGACCAUCUCCCAGGCGCUGCUCAACGCCGUGGACCGCGAUGCGCUGUCCGGCUGGGGUGCGCACGUGUACAUUAUCGAGAAGGACAAGGUGACCAAGCGGUUGCUCAAGGGACGGCAAGACUAG